CCUUUCUCCUCCUCCUUCCAGCCUGCUUAACGUGUGGAGCUCCUCGCACAAAGAGGAACCCUGCAACAAUCUUUCAUUCACCUUCUCUCGGUGCUUCAUUUUCUCACCCACACGAUACACUUCCUCUUCUGAAGGGAAAGGGAAGGUGGGGGAUACGGUUUCCUGAGGACAAUGGAAACUCAAUCAGGAAAUAGAGAAGGGGUAGAGAGCCCGGUGUCCUCAGACAUCCACUUCCAAGGCCACCACGGGCUGCAGGUAGAGACAUCAGAAGAUCCAGUUCUCAAAGAGGACCUGCAAGCUGCUAAGAGGAUUGAAAAGUUUGACAUCCCGCUUGACAGUCUUAAGAGGAUGUUUGAGAAGUCAAACGAAGUGACAAGCGUCCAUGCAUCACCAUCCAAACGAGUAACAUCCAGAUGUAUUGUGCUGCCCGAUCAACCCCGAGAUAAGCCAAUGGCCUUUUGUCUGGAUGACAGUUUCUCUGCAGAGGAACAGCCCAUCCAGGGGAGUCGGGCUCCAGACGCUGAUGACCGUGAAACCGCCGAGUCUGUGUCACUAAAAGAUCGUCUGGCCAUGUAUCAGGCUGCAGUGUCCCACAAAGAAAGUACCUGCUCCUCCUCUGUAGCGGUGAUGGAGGAGUCUGAAGCCUGCUCACUGCCUGGCGGCCUGGCCAGUGUGAAGAAACAGUUUGAAAACCAAGAGUUUGCCUCAUCUUCCCAGUCCAGCAGCACCCAGUUCCAUUUUCAGCAGAGAUCUGUGCAGGAGGUGUCCUCUUCCUCCGAGGUGACUGUGAGAAGCAGUGUCAGAGAAGCCGGCCCCUCCACAAGCAUCUUUCAAAAUCAGCAAGAGGUGAUCCAUGAUGAGAGAGUGCACCACAACAAUGUGGCCGCCAGUCACGGAAAUUACAAUGAAACAGUUAAGCUUGCCGGAGGAGAGGACCUACCAAAGGUUUCCACACAGUCUUUGAAGCAGCAAUAUGAAAAAAACAUAGAGGAAGCCACACCAGCCAGUGAAAUAAAGGUUGAUGUGGAUUUUAACCAGUUUCAAUGGAUGCCAGUAAACCAGUUGUCCAAAGCUUCAACUGAGACAAGCCACCAAAGCUCCCCCUCUGUGAAGACCACUGCCUCAUCUGCAGUGUCCUCGGCAACACAUGAAUCAACAGAAUAUUUUCCUCCUCCUCCUCCCAUGAAUCUCCGGGAGAUAAGACAGGAACCCCCGGAGAGCAGUGCCCAGCCUGACAGGCAGGCACCCCAAUAUAAAGGCAAUGGUAACAAGGAGCAAUACUUUAAACACAAGAGCAUGGCUGAACUAAAGCGCCUCUACAAACAUAUUCACCCAGAUGUCCGCAAGAACCUGGAAGAAGAGUAUCUAAGUCAUCUUACCGAGUCAGAACAGACUCAAGAAAUGGUUGGGGACGUCCAGCAGACAUGCUUUAUGUUUGAAAAUGAGGGCUCAUGUGGGAGUACAAGUCCUGAUCGAGAAUCUUUGGAUUGGGAUGAGAUCCUCAGAGGAGAAGUGGAAUCUCGGCGUUGGAUGUUCGAAAACAAGCCACUGGACACAAUAAAAGAUGACACCCCAGAUGAGAAUGACGUUAAGAAUAUUGCACAGCAGGAAAUGAUUGCUGGUAAGGAUGUGAGAUACACAGCGUGGAUGUUUGAGACUCAGCCCAUGGAUGCUCUGGGGAGUGAGACACUGGCUUCUUCGGAGCAGGUAAAAAAGGGAACUGAUCUUGCAAGAGGUGAUGUCCGCACUGCCACUUGGCUCUUUGAGACGCAACCGCUGGACUAUCUGAACAAGAUCUACCAAGAAGAUGAACAGGACACUGUUACCACAAAAGACAUCACCGGCGGAGAUGUGAAAACUGCCAGGUAUCUCUUUGAGACACAGCAUCUGGAUUCACUCGGCAAAACAGAAACCAUUGAGGAGAGCCAUUUUUUAAGCCUGAAGUCUGAGUUGGAGGAGGUGAAAGGGGAUGUGAAGACAACCACUCGCAUGUUUGAGACUCUGCCCAUGUGUGUCAUCCGAGGGGAUUCGGGUGAGAUGCUGGAGAUCACAACUAUUCGCAGGGAAGAGACUGAGAAAGGCGACGUAAAGACAUCACGCUGGAUGUUUGAAACCCAACCCCUUGACACUAUCAACAGAGACCUUGCUAAUGCAAAGCUUAUAUGUGGUAUUUCCAUGGAGGACAACAUUCAAGGGGGGGUCAACAAAGGGAGAUGGCUUUUUGAGACAAAGACUUUGGAUACCAUUAAGGAUGAGGAAUGGGAAUCCGCUAGGAAUAAAAAGGAAGAAAUCAUUGGAGCUGAUGUAAAGAAACACUGCCUGGUUUUUGAGACUCAGCCUAUGGAUACCCUGAAAGAUAAUGCCAAUGCGCGAGCUUUACCCUCUGAGGAGAUUGUUGGAGGUGAUGUGCAAUCCGCAAAGCAUCUCUUCGAGACAGUGCCCAUGGAAAAUCUCAAGGAAUUAACCGAUGUGGGCAAACUUAAAAAAAUGGCAGCAACUGAAGAAGAAAAGGGCGACGUGAGGCAUCAAAAAUGGGUUUUUGAAAGCCAACCUUUGGAGAAUAUAAGAGAAGAGAAGAAAGAAAUGACGAGAACUGUGAACAUUGAAGCUCUAGAUAAAGGUGAUGUGACAAACUGCAAGGAGAAGUUUGAACGUAUGGAUUUAAGUAAAUGUGAAGGCAAACAGAAAAUUCAAGUUGAGGGUGUUACAAGUGGAUCUGUGGAAUCCAACAGAGUUCUUUUUGAAUCCACACCUUUGUAUGCGAUGCAAGACAGCUCUGGCCAUUACCAUGAAGUGAAGACUGUAAGGCGAGAGGAGAUUGUUAAGGGAGACGUGCAUAGUUGUCGAUGGAUGUUUGAAACACGGCCUGUCGAUGAGUUUGACGAAAGCCUCAAAAAGUUUCAGAUCAUAAAAGGUAUAUCGAAACAGGAGAUCGGCUCAGGGGAUGUUAAGACAGCCAAGUGGCUGUUUGAAACGCAGCAGCUUGAUGCUAUCAAACAUAUCGAUAGUGAGGAAAAGGAGACGAAAGAAGAGACUGAAAUUGAAAGAGGGGACGUUAAAACUUGCAGAUGGCUAUUUGAAACGCAACCAAUGGAUCUCCUUUAUGAGAAGGUUGGAAAUAGCGAGGCAAAUGUCCAGGAAGUGCAGAGAGGUGAUGUCAAAACAUGCACGUGGCUCUUUGAAACCCAGAGUCUUGACAACAUACGAGACCAUACAGAGUCUGAGACAAUUUUGAAAACCUGCACUGUAAAACAGGAAGACAUCCAAGGAAAAGACGUGCGGCUGGCCCGCUUUCUUUUUGAGACAGAGAAUCUUGAAAACCUAACUGGUGCGGACAGUGAUUCUUUCAGAAGGGUCACAGAAAUUGACAUCCAGUCAGGUGACGUUUCCAGGAUGAAGUACAUUUUUGAGAAUCGCUCGUCAGACAUCAUGAGCUCGACCUCUGAGGAGACAAUGCAGCUGUUAAAGAUACAGCAGGCUGAGGACAUCCAGAGGGGCAAUGUCGUCAACUGCACCUGGAUGUUUGAGAACCACCCAAUCGAUACAAUCCAUGAUGAAUCCAAAGAGGACAGAGAUAUUCAAACAGUCACCGAUGUUCAAGGGGGUGAUGUUAACAAAGGCCGUUUCAUAUUCGAGACGUUCUCCCUGGAUCAAAUCAAAGACGAGUCCAAUGAGGCUGAUAUUUCAAAACUCACAAGUAUAUAUAGAAAUGAUUUGGAGAAGGGGGAUGUCAAAAACUACACCAUGAUGUUCGAGACCCAACCUCUGUAUGCUAUCCGGGACAAAGAAGGCCAAUACCAUGAAGUCACUACAGUCACCAAAGAAGAGAUCAUGAGAGGAGACGUGGUAGGUGCCCGGUGGCUGUUUGAGACCAAACCUCUAGAUUCGAUUAGAGACUCAAAGGAGGUGUAUGUUAUAAAAGCUGUUACUGAAGAGGGUAUCAACAAAGGAGACGUUAGCUCUGCCAGGUGGAGGUUUGAAACACAACCGUUAGAUGAAAUUACAGAGGAAAUAAAAGUGAUUUCCAAAACAGUUGAAGACAUUCAGGGCGGUGAUGUGAGGACAAGCAAGCAGCGAUUUGAGACAGAUGCGAUGUCUCAAAAAUAUAUUCGAACGGUCAGUGUGAGUGAAAUACAAAAGGGGGAUGUCAGAUCGGCCACGUGGAUGUUUGAAACCCGCGCGAUUGAUGAGAUUGGCGGCGAAGAAGCAGAGUAUGAUGGUAUGGAGAAAGUGACAAAGGAGGAGGUGAUGAAAGGGGAUGUCAAACAGUCUGUGUGGCUCUUUGAGAAGCAGCCGCUCGACAGCAUCAAAAACACGGAUGACGCGGAGCUUGUGGCUGAAAGGGAAGAAAUCCCACAGGGUGAUGUAAAGACAACUACGUGGCUCUUUGAAACAACGCCUUUCCAUGAAUUCAAUGAGAAGACUGUAGAAAAAAGAGACAUUUUGGGGAAAAGCGUGAAAGAGACACUUGAGGAACUUUACUCUCAGAAAAUGGUUGACUCACAAGGCAUCCUUAUUGAGGCCGAUGAAAUUGGCGAUGUCCGCAUGGCAAAGUACAAACUGAUGAACCAGGAGACCCCCGAAAUCCAAAAAGAAGAGAUUAUCCGCGGAGACCUGAACAACAUAAUGUUGAACCUCCUGAAUCGCAGCGAGACCAUUGAGAGGGGGAUAACGAUUGACAAUGAAGAGCGGGGCAAUAUCAACAUCACAGUAGAGCAACUGUUCAACCAAGAGAAAAGCAGCGCUAUUGAGAAAGCGGAAAUCCUACGUGGGGACGUUCAGGAGGCCAUAAACAAUUUGCUUAAGAAUGAGAGUUCUUCCAAACGUGGCAUUCUGAUUCAAGAGGAUGAAAAGGGAGACGUGAGGAUGACCAUAUAUUCCUUGUUGAAUAAAAAGGAGAGGACAAGUAUAGAGAAAGAAGAUAUAAUCCAAGGGAACGUCAGCAAAACCCUUCACCGCCUCCUCUCCAACUCGGGGGCAGAGGACACUAAAAAGAUAAGGGUGGGUGACAUAGAAAGGGGUAAUGUCAGCUUUUACACAACGUGCAUAGAAUCUGGUGCCUUGGACUACUUGAAGCAGCUUCAGUACGAAACAGGUGAAACUGUGCAAGCAGUAGAAAAGGAAUGCAUUAUUGGUGGGGAUAUUGAGGAAACCAAAUUCUUGCUCAGGAAGAAUCAGCAGCAGAUCGGCCGCACGGUGAAAAAAGAUGAUAUAGUUCCUGGUGAUGUAUGCAGCAUUGUUCAAGUCUUCAUGAAGCAGCCCACCGUGACUUACAGAAACCUGGAGAAACAGGACAUUGUGAAAGGUGACCUGAGUGCAGCCUUGGAUUCACUGAGCCAAGCCAUCAAUCAAAAAGCGGCGAUAGAGAAAGAAGAGGUGGUGAAAGGAGACAUACCCACGACUCUGAGAUCUCUGGAGAAGGCUCAGCAUCAGCUCAAAGAGACGGAAAAACCAGAAAUAAUCCCAGGAGACAUUAGAGGUGCUCUUGAGUCACUUGAGAAGUCGGCAACUACAAAAAUAGAGGCCACCGUUGAAGAUUUAGUGGCAGGUGAUAUCAGAGGAACCCUCAAGUCCCUAGAGGAGGCCAAACGUGCGGUCAAGGAAGUUGAAAGAGAGGAGAUUGUCAAAGGAGACAUUCAUAUUGCAAUGCAACAUUUAAACGAGGCUUCCAGUGAGAAAAAGACAUAUCAGCAUCAAGUGAGUGAACAAGGGGAUGUUAAAGGAACCAUUCAGCUCCUCCUUGAGCCAAUCAGCCCAAGAAUGCAGCGCCGGGGGAGCAUCGAAGGAGAUGUCAAAACGUCCAUAAAAUCACUCUAUGAAGGACAGGAAACAACAUUUGUGGAAAAAGAGGAAGUAGUGAAAGGGGAUGUUCAAGGGGCCAUAAAGUGCCUGAUGCAAAAAAAACAGUAUUCAAAGCCAAAGCGCACGCAUUCAAAAGCAAAGACUCCGCAGAAAAAUCCACUAACUGUAAAUCAAGUGGCACAUGAGCGCUUGCUUGAAGAAAAUCAGAAAAAUAUAACCGGCGGUUCAGAGACUGCUGUGAAAAACCUCUGUCAACGCCGUGAGUCGCAAAAGCACAGUGACAGCAAGCUGGUGAAAACGCAGGUAAUUACCAAUGAGGCCUCUGUGACUGUAUCCAAAACAGACAAUACUGCUGGGGCCUUUCAACAAAAGAACAUAAAAGAAGAAAAGCCCAAAGUGCUGCCCCCUCAGAAAACACAAUCCCCGAAGCCCAUUAUGGAAAAGACUAAACAAACAUCUAAUUAUGAGCAAGCAAAAGCUAAAACAGCUGACAUGAAUACAAUUAAAGAGGUGCACAACUCACUGCAGACAAAUGUUUCAAACAAGCAAAUGAGCCAAACAAAGACAGUUCAACAGGUACAGACAAGAGUCGUGCAGGAAAGUAUCUCCCGCAAACAAAAUGUCACAAUCACUGAGCAAACAGUUAAAAAGCAAACAGAGAAUCAGGCUUUCGCACAAAAGAAAACCUUCAAAAACAUGAAGAGUGGCUCUCAUAAUCUUGACAUGGUGACGGGCGGCUGGACCAAAAAGGUGAAGCCGGAAAUUUACUUCCCUCCACCUCCGUCAUCACCACCGCCUCCCUCUGAGUCUGAGCUUUCUCUCCCUCCACCACCAUCUCCAGUGCUGGAAAGCCCAUUCUGCUUGUCCCGAGCCGCCACUGCAACGCAAGAAAGUGACCUUCCACCACCACCGCCGCCGCCUCCGGUAGAAAGUGGAAAAUCAGAGCCAGAAUUUUUUCUGCCUCCUCCUCCCACCUCUUACUCUGGACAAGAUUUCCUUCCUCCCCCACCUUCACAAGAAGAACUUAAAGCAAUGCCUCUGCCUACUGCUACAAAUCCAGGGAAGCCCAUAGGUAAGCCUUUGUUUAAAGUGCCCAAACAACCAGAAGCACAAAGGCCUGUAGCUGUUAAACCAAAAUGGCAAAGAAAUGUGCAGAAUCCAUUGCAACAUCCCAUUCAGCUUCACCUUGACCAAGAAAAAACAACAACAGCACCCAGCAGUGAGGUCAAAGUUCAGGCAGGUGUAACAGAAGCAAGCCAGCAGGAAGCACACAAAAUUAGUCAAGUGCACAAAAAAAUGCCAAACCUCCCUUUGGAUAAAGUGAUGCAAAACGCAGGCAAACAGACACCCAAAAAAAUAUUUCCUCCACCAAUGAAGUUGCCUCUGCCCCCUGAACCGGCUCCUGUGCCAAAGCCAAGGCCGUAUGCUAGCAAAUUUAAAACCCCCCUAAUGCUUGCAGAAGAAAAAUACCGUCAGCAGAGAACGGAAAAUGAGGAAACAGGCACAUGUACAGUCACAACUCCCAUCUCCCCUCCAGUAAAUAUACAAGCCCCCGCCAAUGUUGACAGUCUGCAGCAUUCCACAUUGCACGGGACUGAAAAAGUAGACACUACAGAAUCUUCAAAAGCAAAUGUGCGGGUUCCUACAGAAUCUUCAAAAGCAAAUGUACAAAUUAUCAAAGAAAAAACUUCAGUGCACCAUACAACCACCCAAAAAAUGCCAUCUCAGAUUCCUCUGAGCAAGCCAUUGAUCUCUGUAGCAAAUAAAAAAGCAGCCCUGGGAUAUUCCAAUAAUUCUUUAGAAAAGGAGCAAAUUCCAGGUAAGAUCUCCUCAGGAAAUGUACUCUCCUCCAAAGUCAACCUAACAAAUCAAGCAGCACCCGCGUUCAAGCCUCAACACUUUUCUGUAUCGCAGUCUGAACAAGGAACCUCAAAUGUCAAUGUCCAAUCAAGUGCUGAUGUUGUCACCUCUUCAGUCACUGAGCAGCAGCAGAUUUUUAAGGAGUCCAGAGUCAGUAGACGCGAUGGUCUAUCUCGGCAGGCUCCAGCCAUGGUGAGAGCCGAAGAUGUGAAAAAUGUCAAUGAGGUAGCAACAAAAGAAGGAAAAAUGCCCAUUUCUCAACCCACAAAAAUCCCCAAGGUAAUGCCAAGUUUCAAGGUGAGAACCUUUAAAAUGCCGGCUGAGAAAAAAGAUGAGACAAGCGAUGCGUCGGCACAAAUAGAGGCAACAAAAAGUGAAAUGCAGCAGGCAAACAAUGUGUCACAGAAGAAUGAAAAAAAAUUCACCCAGAGAAGCAGCCUUGUGACAUCAUCAAUGACAGAAGCUCAAGCAUCAGAGACCAAAAAAUCCGUGCCUAUUAAGGAAGAAACUUCCACGGAGUCCGGGAAACAGGCGAAGGAAGCCAAAGAAACCCAGGCACCAGCAGUCACUGUUGUAAUGCCCAAGAAGGCCAAGGUAACAAACGUGUCCCAGGUUCAGCAGAGCACGAGGACACAGCAGGUCCAAAGACAACAGGAAAUUGUCAUGACCGAGAGGGUGGUCCAGCAUAGCUCUCAGAGGCAAGAAGCUGCUCAUAUGCACCAAAAGCAAAUAAAGCAAGAAGCUGCAGACAUAAGCAAAGUGCAGACAUCGGGAAAGUCAACAAGUGGCACAUCGGUAAAAAUGACUCGUAUGGACCAGGCCCGUUCAGAUGAAAUGCCACAAUUAGAGAAAUGUCUCGUCAUGCAGAAGCUGCUCACUCAAAUAAAAGAGUUUGAGAGCACACCAAGCAAGAUCGACCCCGCCACUGUCAGCAUGAUUAUAAGUGAUCUCCCUGACUGGCUGGCUGGCUCGGAUGAGAGAAAGAAUUUAAGUGGACUAGCGAAACAGUCAAAUAGGAAAAAGUUGAAAGAGAUGGUGGCUUAUCUGAAGAAUAUUAUUCAAGUUAAGCACGCAAAUCUGGAGGAAAAAUUGACAGCUAUGCAAAUGAAAGAGCAAGAGUUCCCUCCCCCGCCGCCCCCAGUGGCCCCGAAACCAGAUCAGAAGGUCUUCAGCGGUGUCACUACAAAGGUAUCAAAAAUCAGUAUCGGUUCAUCUAAAAGUGAAAAGAAGGGCUCUGCUGAAGAAAAAAAGUCACUGCACGAGAGCAAAGUGCAACAUGAGCUGAGCGAGGCAGCAGACCAGAGAGUCCGCUCUCCAUUGGCAAGCAUUCGUACCCCCUCUCCCACCUUCAUUAGCAUUGAAUCGAGAAGGAUAGAGUCGCCGCUUAGAGGCACCCCGUCACCACCGCCUUACAAGUCUGUCGGGACUCCUCCGCCUCCGCCACGUAAGCAGUACACCGCCACAUCCACCUUCCGGGCCACGCCAUCUCCCACUAUGAGUCGCUCUGAGAAGCUAAUAAAAGUGAAAGACACUACCUCGAAGCUUUCUUGCAACCCCACCCCUCCACCUCAUGUGGCGGCGUCCGAGGUGUUUGUGGAUUGUGGAGAACAAUCAUCUCCGCGUCUCAGACAGGCCACUCCCACCGUGAGUAAUGACCAGGUAUUGGUGAAUGUGCCGGAACUGGGCGACUCCAUAAUAACAGUCAAAGACAAAAAGUGUUUCUUUGAGGAGGCCCGGAAAGCAGAAGUAAACAAGGCAUAUCUUCGGAAGGAUCCAAUCGAUAUCCCUGAGCGCCUUGAAGCUGAUACUGAGGAGAAUGCUCAGGUUUUGACUGCAGACAUCCUGAAAGAGGACCUCCCAAGAGUGGACAUGACAAAGCUGGUCAAUAAAUUUGAGUCUCCAAAAGCAACAGUCUACUCCAGGAAAGAGCCAAUUGUGAUUACAGAGAGGCUGGGGGGUGACGCUGAGGAAACAGAGGCCGACCCACACACCCCGCGAACAGAGGAGGUGUCGACAUUCAACGUUAAAGCCAUCAAGAAUGUCUUCGAAAGCGGCGAACACAGUUCUCAAGCAGCCCGAGACCUACGAGAACAAAUUGAAAAAAGAGAAGCAGACUUUUCCCAUUCUAAGCCGGUGGAGCAGUCUGAAAUGUCCUCACUCACUGAGCGGUUCUGUAGCAUUGAUGACUUUGGAAACAUGACGAGGAGCGAGGUGCAUUCUGAGAGCUCUGAAAGUUCUGUGACCCGUGGCAACCCUCCAUCCUAUGCUGACGUGGUGAGAGGCAGAGUUGCACCAGUUGCUGUGUCCUCUGAUGCCUCCACCGAGGAGUUACUGAGAAACCUCCAGCAAUCUUGGUCUGAGAGCCAAGGAAGCUUCCAGAAUGUGGGCUUCAGCGUCACAGAGCAGAGGAGUUCACAGAUUGUCACACGUCAGCAAGAGACUGUCGUGAUGGAGGAUUCAAGUUCCAGAUUCCGAACUGUGCAGGGUGUGUCAGAAGAGGGUGUAUCCUAUGGAAGCUCUGAUUGCAGACAAGCAAAACUUCCAUAAAAGCUGUUUUCGCUGCGACCACUGUAGAGGCAAACUAAGUCUUGGCAACUACGCAUCUCUCCAUGGACGAAUGUAUUGCACGCCACACUACAAGCAACUCUUCAAAUCCAAAGGAAAUUAUAACGAAGGAUUUGGACAGAAACCACUCAAAGAACG